AUGGUGUUCUAACAGUUCUAUUUUCAUGGUAACAAUGACACUACUGAAUACUUACUGCGUUUGCUCCAUACGUCGCUGUAUUGGAUGGACUAUCGCCAUUUUCCUCUACGCCGGAAUACUGUUAUCAGUGUUAUGUAACGCCGCCCGAACCGUUAAACCAAACAGCGGUCAGUUUAUGCAAGAACUUCUGAAGUCCGCAUCGGCACAGCAAAUCUUUUUACCCUUAAGUACAGCCAAUAUCACCGCUAACCGGCAUCUUUACGGGAAACUGCUCAGGUCGAAUUUCCUGGAUGCCCGGUACAUUGUGGAUGCCAAUGAUCCGUCGCUGUUACUCGUACAGCUGUCCAGCCGUAUCACCGCGUUCUGCCAUGUACAAUUCCAUUCCUACACGAUGAAAAGUGGGGAAAGGGUGGAUAAAACGGAGGACCAGUUUGAUUUCCCCAUGCCCAGCGGUUUCAUCCACAUUUACAACGGGAAAGAGCGCAAGAAGCGCAGUAUCCUCGAUGUCAUCCGGUCAGUGCCGCAGCUAUCGCGCCUGCACCAGGCCAUCCAGACAGUACCGGGACUUCCGGAAUAUUUAGCAUGUAAUGGUCCGGUAACAAUGUUUGCCGCAAAUAACGAUGGAUGGGAACGUUUUGGAUUGGAGAGAAUGUCACUAUUGAUGCGCUGGCCCAAUGCCAUGCAAGAAUUACUGACGAAUAUGGUGGUAACCAACGGAACACUGGUAACGGAUGAUUGGGCUGACGGCGACAUAAUGACCACACUGAACAGCUACGGAAGCCUGCAAGCGCGGAUAGCCGCAGACGGUGUACUGCGGAUCAUCAACAGCCGUCCCUCGCCCUUCAUGGCCUCCCUCAGUCCGUCCCGCGCUCCGUCGCUCCUGACGGAUCGCGCCCGCCCCGACCAAGCGCUAGUCUUAGAAACGGAUUACUACGCCGACAACGGCGUGUUACACAUCGUGGACAACGUCCUGUACCCGCCGGUGCCGGCGAUUAACGAGACCGUCGCCCAGCUGUUCCCCUUCAGCCCCUACAUGCCGCUGCCGCCCAUCCAGGUCGACUGGGAUUCCGAUUGUGUCGGACAAGUGGCGGAUUCCAUGUUGGCCACCACAACCACCACCACUAGUAAACCGCUGAUAUUCUUUCCCAAAGCGCCGAGAAACAGGCACAAUCCGUUGUUUCCCGGAUGA